UCAAUAAUAAUAAUAAUAAAUAAUCUAUUGGACCUAUAUUUCUUUGGUAUUUCUGUUGUUUUUGUGAUUGGAUAAAACAAAAACUUGCGCAUUUUUACGCAUCGAAUUCGAGAAUAAUUGAUCAUUUUUUUCUUUUCUCAACCUAAAAAUCCCGUCUGAAGACUGGUGAUCAGGGGUCAGCCGGGGCCUUUUCCAGACCAGAGGAAACACCUGGACCUUUCACACCUUUAAUCCACUCCUCCCGCCCUCCCAUUGGUGGGGAGGCCGCAUAAAUCCUCUGCGCUCCGCAUCACCGGGAUGGUGACCGUCUCCAUCAUGCAUUUCAGCCAAGAUCGCGCUCAUUUCCAGCUUUGCGCAAACUCUACGGAAAGAGAGGGUUUGUGCGCCACAGACGGGGAGCAGACGAGUGAGGUGCUCCCCCCGAGUCCGGGACCUUCCAGUCCGCUGUCCGUCCACUCCGAGUCCAGCUGCACCAGUCCUGAAGCCAAGUCUGCUCCGACACAGCAGAGGGUCAGGAGGCCCCUGAACGCGUUUAUCAUCUGGACCAAAGAGGAGCGCAGGAGGCUGGCGCAGCUCAACCCAGAACUGGAGAACACCGAUCUCAGCAAAAUACUCGGAAAAACCUGGAAGUCCAUGUCCUUGGCUGAGAAGCGCCCAUACAUGCAGGAGGCUGAACGCCUGAGGGUCCAGCACACCAUAGACUACCCCAACUACAAAUACAGGCCUCGGCGCAGGAAGCAGCCGAAGAGGAGCUCCCAGCCCAGACCAGCAGAAGCUUUUCUCUGCAGCUCAGACUUCAGCGCUCCAUGCAACCUCACCUGUUUGCUCCAAAACCAGCAGCAGCAUCUCCAAUCCGCCCCUCACUUCACACAUUCACCCGUGCUUCAGAGCAGCCACCCAAGCCUCUCAGGGUUUCCAGGUUCAGCUGCUGCUUACUCAGGCCCUCCUGUGCACCAAGCAGAACAUCAAGAGUACUUUGGUUCCCAGCACAGACACCUGCAGCAGCACCAUUUCUCCACGUCUGGUCCUGGCAUGGAGGAGAGGGAGUCUAGAGUCUGCAGGCUCCAGGUGGGUCCAUCAAAGCCCUCACUGGAGAUCUAUCUGAACCAGGUUCACCUGGACAUGCUGUAUGAUCUGGACCGAAGUGAGUUUGAACAGUACCUGUGUCCGAGCCAUCACCGGUCUGAGGCAUUAGAUCUCAGCAGAGGAGGACAGUGCUCCACUUGAUGAAUUAUUGAUGAUGUUUCACUAAAAGAGGAUUUCUGGAUGUGUUUUUAGAUUAAAAAAAAUCAGUGUUACUGUGUUGUUGUCUCAAUAAAGUCUCAAUUAAUUAAAUUAGCCUAAUGUCUAAUGUUCUUCAUUAACAAUAAAACUCAAAACUUUGUGAAAACUCAAAAUAACAAGAAACUGCUGCACUGCUUUUUGUACAGCAACUGUUGGAUGAAUUUUAAUCGAUAAGUUCAGAGUUUUAAACAUGUUUUGUACAAAUGUGUAAAUGGUUGCUCUUUAAAUGUCAUCAUAGGUUCUGUUGUUUCAUGCAACCCCCAUGUUUAAUAACAUCAUUACUUUAACUGCCAGCUUAGAUUUAUUUUAAUUUAAUCAAAUAACAAUAGAUUUAAUGAAAUGCACAAUGACCAAAACUCACAGAUUUCCUGUUUUUACAUGUUUUUAUAACUGGCUCUUAAAUUUUUGCUUUAAGGAAAACCAUAAAACAAUCUUCUGGUGGUGUCGGGUUUAUGGAUAAUCUGAUCCUUUUGUAUAAAGUUAUAAAUGCCUUAUUAUAUCUGUUACACCAGACAAUGUUGGAGCAGCCGGCCCUUUACCGAACUCUUCACCCGGUUUAAUCUCCAUCCACGUCUUUCUUGGCUCGGCGAGGGAAGCAGGGUGGGCGCCAAACACAUAAACUUCCCACUUCCUGUUUCAUUUUAAAACAUUGCACAAAGACUCUAAAAAUAUGCCCCAAAAUUGACAUAUCUCCAAACUCAUUCGAUUUUUGCCGCCAAAUGUUUACCCAUUUAGGAGAAUGUUUACUUCCCUGUCCCAUAGUUUCUGUGUCGGAGCCUGGAGGCUGAACUCUGGCCCGGAUGAAUGUAAAAAGGCUCUCCACCAUCAUGA